GAUUAGCGAAUACUGAACCACCACCAAAUCGGAGAUAAUCGUGUGUGUGUCCGUGUGUUAAUGGCCGCCGUAAGCAUCUCACUCGCUUUCGCUGUUGAUCCUCUCAAACCAAGCCAACCAACGAAGUUUGGUUUCUCGUCUUCUUCGCAUAGAUAUCCUUUACUCUACUCGUGUAGAUCUCACCGCUCCAAUCUCAGAUUCGCUUUCCCUCCUUCGCCUUCUCCAGUUUCGACAGCUACAGAGACGGGAGGUGAAGCUACGAAAUCGACCGGGAGCUACGCGUUUCUAGAGGAAUCGUUUCGUACGGGGAGGUUUUUGAGUAACGAGGAGUUGGAGAAGUUGAAAACUCUUGAAGGAUUUGCGUAUUUUCAGGAGCUUGAAUCUGGGUCGAUGUGUGUUCGGGUUAUGAGAUCUGAUGAGAUGGACUCGACGGUGCAUCUCUUGGCUGAGUCGUUUGGUGAAUCGAUGCUAUUGCCUUCUGGUUAUCAGUCUGUGUUACGGUUUUUGGUGAAGCAGUAUCUGAUUGAGAGGAGAGAAGUGUUGCCACACGCAGUAACUUUAGUUGGGUUCUUUAGGAAAAAAACUGAUGGGUAUAGUGAUGGAGACGAGGCUGAGAUGGCGGGAACUGUAGAGGUGUGUUUGGAUAAACGGGGCGCUAAUGCUUCACCUCCUUCUCCUACUCCUCCUAAGGAAUCACCUUACAUUUGCAACAUGACUGUGAAAGAGGAUCUUAGAAGGAGGGGAAUUGGGUGGCAUUUGUUGAAGGCGAGUGAGGAACUGAUAUCGCAGAUUAGUCCAUCGAAGGAUGUCUACUUGCAUUGUAGGAUGGUCGAUGAGGCUCCUUUCAGUAUGUACAAGAAAGCAGGAUAUGAGGUUGUUAAGACAGAUAAUGUUUUGGUUCUUUUGAUGUUACAACGGCGUAAGCAUUUGAUGCGCAAAAAGCUUCCACCUUGCACCAGUCUUUCAGAUGCGGUAGAUAUUAUGAGGUCUGAUAAUGAGCUGAGCUCAUCUGCUAAUGCGUGAAGUCGGGAGGUAAAUGUGACUUGACCAAGGACUCGGGUUCAUACCCUGUUUGCUUCAACUUGCUGUUUAUAAAAUCUUAGUUGAGGUUUCCAUUUUGCAUAUAUUCAUAUACUAGGAACCGGUUUUUUCCAUCUGCACAAUAGCCGAUCAAAGAGACCAGAUUUGGAUGGUCAAGUC